AUGCUAAUAAAAGAGCGCCAUUUGAGUUCAAACCAUAGAGGGCACACAGCAGUUUAUAAUGUUUUAGGAAAUGAUUACUAUUGGCCGGAUAUUAAGGAUCAUAUAAAAAAGAAGACUAGAAAUUCUGAGA